UAAAUUUAGGACUUUAAAAUGAAUUUUCACAAUAUUUUCAAAAGCCCAAAACGGCUUGCUGAUGCUUAUAAAGAAAAAAGCACAUUGCUAAAAUCCGAGACAGGGGCUCUCCCAGUUUAUAAAACUCCCCUGACGGAAGAACAAAUCAAUGUUGAUGGGUGCAAGCAAUUCAGUUUUGGGAAAAAGUCCAAUACAUCUAAUCGCACCAUAAUGGUUCUCGGAGCAACUGGGGCUGGGAAGUCAACUCUCAUCAAUGGGAUGAUCAAUUACAUUCUAGGUGUCAAAUGGGAGGAUUCAUAUCGGUUUAAGUUAGUUGAUGAGGGUCAGUUGAAAUCACAAGCUGAAAGUCAGACUUCUGAAGUCACUGUGUACAAACUCAACCACCAGGAGGGUUUUAAAGUAGACUGCUCACUGACCAUUAUUGACACUCCAGGCUUUGGAGAUACAAGAGGCAUUAAAAGAGACCAGAUGAUCACAGAACAGCUACGUAAUCUCUUCUCUGCUGAUUGUGGUGUCAGUGAAAUUGAUGCUGUGUGUUUUGUAGCUCAGGCUGCUUUAGCACGACUCACGCCAUCACAGAAAUAUGUGUUUGAUUCUGUGCUCUCAAUCUUUGGCAAAGAUGUGGCAGAAAACAUCCGGGUUCUGGUGACAUUUGCAGAUGGCCAGCAACCACCAGUUCUAGAGGCAAUCAAUGCUUCAGGUGUCCCAUGUCCUAAAUCAAAAGAUGGGAUGCCAGUUCACUUCAAAUUCAAUAAUUCAGCGCUGUUUGCAGACAACAAAUCAUCUGCAGCAGACAGUAUGAAUGGAGAUUAUGAAGAUGAAGGAAGCUUUGAUAAGAUGUUUUGGAACAUGGGACUAAAAAGCAUGAAAAGGUUCUUUGCUGCUGUAAAUAAAAUAGAAACCAAAAGCUUAAAAAUGACGAAAGAGGUCCUCAGAGAAAGAAAGCAGCUUGAGAAUACAGUUGAAAAUGUGCAGCAGCAGGUUAAACUUGGGUUAGCCAAGCUUGAGGAGAUAAAAGAGACAACUGAAAAACUAAAAGAGCAUGAGGGAGAAAUCAGCAGAAAUGAAAACUUUGAGUUUUAUGUCAACAUCAAAAAGCCCGUUCAAAUAGAUAUUUCUCAAACUGGAAGUUUCAUCACCAACUGUCAGCAGUGCCAUGUGACCUGUCACUAUCCUUGUCAAAUACCAAAUGAUGCAGAUAAAGCAGGCUGUGAUGCAAUGGGAACAGAUGGAAACUGUACUCAGUGUCCAAACAAAUGUCAUUGGACAUUACAUUUUAAUCAGAAGUACAGAUGGGACUAUGAGGACGUUCAAGAAAAACGAACAGUGCAAGAGCUGAAAGAAAAGUACCAGAAUGCCACAAAGGCUAAAAUAACUGUUAAGGAAUUGGUUGAUGAGCUGAAUGCUGACUAUAAUAAUGUGCAGGCUAACGUAGUGGAACUGAUGGAGAAGUCUUCUAAGUGUUUGAACAGACUUAAAGAGAUAGCACUGAAGCCAGAUCCUCUCUCCACUACAGACUACAUUGACAUGCUUAUUGAGGGAGAGAAAUCUGAGGCCAAGCCAGGCUGGAAGGAACGUGUUGAGUCCUUGAUAAACAUGAGACAUAAAGCAGAGUUAUUGGCUAAAGCAGUCAGAGGAGAGAAACUCCUCCAGCGUCAAGACUCGCAAAUAUAGGGCGAAAUGUGUCGACACAACACUCAAAACUGUGUGCUGUGCUAUCUAUACACUUUCCAACAGCUAUCACAUUGCUUCAGCUCUAAUCAGGCAGUUUCUGAAGGGAAGGCAUGUGUUAUUUUCAUUGUUUUUUGUGUGUUGUAAAAUGGGAUAUUGUUCAGG